AUGCCAUUCACCGAGCGACAACUGCAUGUGCUGCACAUCACUGAACGGGUGAGCUCGACGAUCUCUCUCGUCGGCUGCCUCUUCGUCAUCCUCACCUUCGUCGCCAGCCGCCGCUUCAGAACGCCCGUCAACCGCCUCAUCUUCUUCGCAACAUGGGGGAAUCUACUCGGUAUCUGUGCCACGGCCACAUCAAGAUCUGGCAUCGUUGCGGGCGAGGACAGCGCUCUCUGUCAGUGGCAAGCUCUCUUCAUUCAAUGCACCGCAGAGUUACGGAAGCUGGAGUGGAAGUACAUGGUCAUAUGCUACCUGUUUCCCUUCAUACCCGCUUUUGCCUUCCUCUUUAUCAAAAAUGAGGAGAAAGGGAAGGUUUAUGGAGAUGCGACUCUUUGGUGUUGGAUUAGACCGGAGUGGUCGGUCCUCCGAAUCGGAGGCGUCUACGGACCCAUCUGGACCACCAUCCUGAUCACUCUCGGCAUCUACCUAUACAGUGCCAGGUUCAUCCUCGCCAGCCGCAGAGACAUUCAACGCCUGCGCAACAUCAGUCUUACCUUGUCGGGUGUUGAGUCGACCACUGCUGGGGUGACCGAUGCCUCAAGCUACGCCGAACAUGAUAUCAGCCCUGGCCUCCAGCAACACGCUCAGAAAGUCGGUCAACAUACAGACCGGCAGCAUCAGCAAAAAAAGCAACCAAAACAAGACACAUACCACCUGGAAAAUUGGCCAGAACCGGCGCUUCGGCAAGAUCAUCUAGGUGAUGACCUUGAACCAGCUUACUUCCCUCCGGCGUCACCCCGACAUACCACACACGGCCCUGAACUUGGAGGAACACGGGAUGAAAUAGACAUCGAACAUGCACCAGGGAACAGCCAGAGCUUAGCCGGAAUACGUGGCACAACUGGUGAUAAGUACCGCAUCCGCAAGGCCUCAUGGGAACGACAGAGCGCUGCAUGGGCUUAUUCGAAAUUCGCUCUUCUCUUCUUCUGCUCUCUGCUCGUCACCUGGGUGAGUACCCCGCCAUUCCCCUUGCUUCUCAAACCAACUUUGCCUCUUCUUUAUCAUUUUUCUAACAAUUACCGAUAG